AUGAGCGAUCUCCUGAACUACAUCCUGAAUAACGAGGAUGCAUUCCGAAAAAACCGUCUCCCGUCUUUGUACUCCGAUUUUUCAACCCAAAAGAAGACCAAUCCAGAUGGCUACGCCGUUAAUGUCGCCGCAUGGGAAUCAGCAUUGAACCACGCCGCGAAGCGCGGAUAUACUUCUACACGAGGUGUGCGCGUGCGUUCUGGAUCGACAGCCUCGCAGAAGAAUAACCCACCUCAGCGGAAGAAGACUGAUCAUCUUCUUUUACGGACGGAUGAGUCAUUGGCGAGAGAUCUGGAGCUUCCUGAGUUGGGGAGACCUGUUGCGCUUGGGGCUGUUUUUGAUGAAGCAAUGCGCAAACGUUCUAUGAUUCCUCUGCCGGUGUACAAGACUACGGCGGGUUGCUUGCGGAAGCAUCAGUGGCGGUUAAUAGAUCCCGCGGCUUUGAGUCCGUGGAAUGUUAUGAGUUGGGGUGUUCGUCAGUUAAAGGGAUUUGUGAUUGGGGAGGGAGAAUCCGCACCGAAAAUCCAGGUGCAGGAGUUGGUGUUGGUGGAGAACCUGGAGGAGGCUGGAGAUUUGGUUAUUAAGAAGGCCACUGCCAGCAGCAAGUCUUCCAAGUUGGAUCUGAUCUGGUCGAAAGAGAGUUUCGUGGAAGAAUAUUCUACGAUACUGCACGAUGCUACCGAACUUUCGGACUCUGAUUUUGAUGUUCUUUUGCUCUAUCUUUCCCGCGACUGCGGGGCCAUUGCAUAUGAUGGCAGGACUAUUAAGUUCAGUUCAUCAGACGGACCAGCCCAGAUCACGCAGCAGGACACAACGAUUGCCUCGAUCAAGACGCUUAUCUCAACGAUUUCAAAGCAAGUGACGGAUAUGGAGUCAAAGAUUUCGGAGCUCACCGAGUCCGCGAAGACGGCAUUGGCCAACAAGAAUAGGAUAUCUGCUCUUUCGGCACUUCGAUCAAAGAAACUGGUCGAGCAUAAUCUUUCGCAGCGGCUCAGUACCCUUGCACAGCUGGAAGAGGUAUAUUUUAAAAUUGAGGGCGCUGCAGGUCAAGUUGAAAUCGUUCAAGUCAUGGAGGCGAGCACUGGUGUUCUGCGUGGGUUACACGCUCAAAUCGGUGGUGUGGAACGGGUUGAGGAUGUGGUCGAAACAUUGCGCGAGGAGAUGGCCAAGGUGGAUGAAGUUGGCAGUAUUAUGAAUGAAGCUGGCCCGGUUAUUGAUGAAGGCGAGGUUGAUGAUGAACUGGAAGCCAUGGAGAAGAGCGACCAGGAAGCAAAGGAAGAGCGGGAAGCUGAGGAAACUCGGAAGAGGCUCGCAGAGCUGGAUGGCAUCAAGCAAGCCUCGGACGAAGCGGCCCGCCAAGCACAAAGGACGAAAGAUGUGGAGUCUGAGCUGGCAGAGAGCAUCGGUAGGCUCUCAAACAUGUCAGUUGAAGAUUCCCCGUUGCCAGCUAAAUAA